AUGCCGGCCGCUGCUGACCUCUUCGGCGCUGCUGGCGACCGCCAUGAAGGCGAUGAUGAUGAUGACGAUGGAGCACUACCCCCUGAACUACCUGAAGAAGGACUUCAUGGUGGAGACAGCUUCAACGAGCCGGAUGAUGAAACCGGUGACACCUACCCCGAAGACGAUGAUGAGGAACUGGCGGAGGCCUACGGCACUGGACCUCCUCGAGGACUUCGUCUUGGUCGGAAUGGGCCCCGUCAGAGCCCCUCUGCUCCCCGAGCGUCCGGCUCAGGAGCAGGCAGUUCGCCUUCGAGCACCCGUUCGAAGGCAGCUCAUGAGGAUGGAGGACCACGACAUCGACCACGAGGCAAUCUGCCUCAGGCCCCGGCCUUCGAUGGAGACCGGAAGAAAGAUGUCAAAUGCUUCAAGCAUUGGGUGCAGAAAGUCGACUCGUACAUCGAGAUCGCCAAGAAGAUCAUCGACGACUCGGAGAUCGGACUUCGCCUCCAUGCUGCAUUAGAAGGUGAUGCAGCCGAGUACUUGGAAGACGUGCCUGCCCGCACGUUCGGAGUCCCUGAAGGCUGGCGCAUCCUCAUCCACGUCUUGCAGGAGAAGUUCGACGAGAAGAGGAUGCACAAGGUUGGCUCUGCAAUGCGCGGCUUCUUCCGGAUGACCGUCAACGACAAGAGCAGGACCUUGGCUGAAGUUGGCGACAUGCUGGACAAGGCUGCGAGGCAGUGCAAGGAAGCCGGCUUGGUGAUCCCCGACGAGGUCAUGACCUACAUGUUCUUCGAGCACACCAAUAGCAGCUUGGAGCGACAGGCCAACAUCCUGUUGCGGACCGGAGGCGGCUAUGAGUGGAAGAAGAUCAAGGCCGCCGUGGACCUCCUCUACCCUCAGACCUAUGUCAACGCUCGCCGUGGCGCUUUUGACCAAAACACUGGUCGCGGCUAUGGCAAGUCAAGGACAGCACACGAGACUCAGGGCCACUGGGAUGGCAAUGAGACCUACGACACCGAGGUCGACCUGGAGACAUGGCUGGAGAAGGAAGACCCCGUUCAGACAGACUUGGCGGACGCGGACGUCGAGUACCUUGCCCGACAGUUGCAUGAGGUGUUUGCUACACACCGUGAGAACAGGCAGAAGCUGGCGCAGGCUGUGAAGGCCAGAGGCUUCUACCUGAAGAACAGCCACGGCAAGGGCCGCGGCAAAGGCUUUUGUAAGACCAAGGGCAAGGGCAAGGGCAAAUCUACCUCCUCUCCUUCGACUUCGCGACCUUCCAAGGGUUCUUCGAGCUCUGGCAAGGGCAAGGCCCGUGGCAUGAGCCUGGAUGAACUCAAGAAGAUCACCACUUGUGGUGAGCAGGGUCACUGGAAAGGUGAUCCACAGUGCAAAGGUCCCAAGAAGGCGCACGAGACCAGCAACUAUGACCUCGACUAUGAGGACGCUGCAGAGGGCUGGGACGAUGCCUUUUGGGAUGGAUGGCAGGAAGAUGAAGAACACCAGCGUGAAGGUUGGAUGACUGGCGGUGGCUACGACCAGAACGAGCUCUACAGCCAGAAGAUGCCAACUACUUCGUCUCCUAAGUCUUCCGACUACAAUGCACAGGCGAAGCCAACAAAUUCGUCAACCGUCUACCGCACUCAGAAGGUGGACAAGUCCGACAUCAAGCUGGAAGCCCAAGACGCCUUGGAAGUGGUGCGAGACAUCAACCGCAUGAAGCGGAAGGUUCGCUCAGCAGAGCCAGAUCCGACUGGCGAAGGGCAGAAGACCGAACCAUCCAAGGCUGCAUCCGUCCUCCUGGCCGAGCAUGCCCGCUGCAAGGACAAGCCCUUCGACGUCUUCACCGCGACGGCAGAGGUGCAGAAGCACAUGGAUGAGAAGCGGAUGAAGGCUCGCGGCCAUGCAUCGACUGCGCCGGAGGCCAUCAAGGAAGCACGAGAACGUCUUGGACUCCCUCAAGCAGAUGACGACCUUGGCUUCUCAGUGUGGGAUUUACUACGCCCACCGUCUUCCUCCUCGGCAACCUCGGAUGUCGACUUGGACAAGCUACGAGUGGUGCUGACAGUCAAUGCGGAGAGACCACAUCGCGAAGUACCAGCACACGGACUUCCUGGAGAAUGCCUACCUCGAGGCCUUCCACACGAUCGACCUCUACCUGUUCACAUGGUGCAGUACUCCCCCAUUGACUAUGACAUCACCUCGGACGAGGACGACAUGGCGGAGAUCACUUGGUGCAACCCUCGUGGCGCAUUGAGCAACACGAGAAUGAGGCCUACCGUGCAGAAGAACGGCGCCUACCUCACCAUUGACACUGCAUGUGAGAACACCGUUGGUGGCCUCACCCAGCUCCGACAUGUCGCGGAGAUCUUGCAGCGCAAGUUCGAAGUCCGGCCCCUGGUCACUGAGGAGAAGGAAUCCUACAGGUUUGGUCCUGGAGAUCCUCGCACCUCACUUCACCGAUGGCACGUGCCGGUAGGCAUCGGUGGACGACCGACAGUGAUCAAGACGUCCACUCUGGACGACACGGACCCCAACAGCGGCAAGAUCCCCUGGCUGGCUGGACAAGACUGGCUGAGGCUCGUUCGAGCCGUGAUCGACGUUGGAGAGCAGAACUACCUCAAGGCCUUAGACGCCGCUGCGGAUCUUUUUGUAGACCACACCGGACAUUUGGUUGUGGCAGUUGAUGAUUUUCCGGCUGCAGGCUGGCCACAAGACCGCACAGCAUGCCAUGACGGCUACGCUGGAGUCCUUUGGGCCACAGGAAAAGUCUAUACGCAGCCCUCCAACGUGAGCACCCAUGUCUACAACCCUGAGGAUGAUCCCUUCUCUGAUGGCGUAGUCACUAUGAGGAUCACCAUCAAGCAUGGGUCUAACAAAGAAUUGGUGGACACUUGGGAUGACACCCCUCAAUCUGAAGCACCUUGGACGGGCUACACCAUCCUCUUCGGCCGUGACUGCGACUCGACGCUCGACAUUCAUGCAGUCAUGAAGCCCUGGCAACCAGCUGGUGUAGAUGUGAAAGCUCACGUCCCUGGCGACCACGAGACGCAGCAAUGGGGACGCUUGGUGCGCAGCCUCCUGACCUACAUCCACGUGGUGCACAAGAUGGUGGCUUCAACGAAGGCGGUGAGAGAGUUGAAGUAUCGCUCACCGGCGCUGAUGGGCUAUGCCGAGGCUCUGGUCGAGAUGGAUGCGACCUACAUGGAGGACCUUCCACCGGCUUUGCCACCGGCAACGACCUUGGCUCGCGGACAGACACCCCAUCCGAUGAACCUGCACUACCGGACUCAGCCGGACAGAUGCCCACACCUCCUCGAACAUGGAAGGAGGUAUGGAAACGCCCAUGGCAAGUUUUUGGAGUGCGUCAACUGUGGGAUGGUGUGGCGCGGCUUGGACUACACGAUCCCGCUGAAGAACGAGCUGGUGACCGUGUACAAGGUCUUGGUGGGAGUUCGCGAUCGACCAGGCGGCAAGGUCAUCAAGGGCGCGACAGCACGCCCGGAACCUUCAAUAAAGGCUUCACCCAGCAAAUCCUCUGGCUACUCGUCUUCCUCGCGACAUACGUCUACGGAGAUGGCCUAUGGAGCUCCGGACUUCAAGGACAUCAAGGCCAAGGCGAAAGCCAAGGUGAAGGAAGAGAAGAAGCCCACUGGCACGAAGAAGACUUCGACCAGAGUGCCCGUGGUCUACUCGCUAGAUGAACCUCUUCAAGCCCAUAAGCUGAAGCCUGGACAACAGAAGCGGAUGAAGAACAUGGCCCGGCAAGCUUUGUCAUCUUCGAAGUGGCAACAGAAGAUGGUGAUGCAGAAGCUUCAGAAGUCCAAGUGGCCACGUUCCAACUUCCGAUUUGACCUCAUCGAAGUGUUCGGUGGAUCUUCCAUGGUCACGAUACGUGGCACCACCUUGUGGAGGAUGAGGGCGCUUCAACCCUUGGACAUCCGGUACGGUGUGGAUCUUCGGCAAAGAUCAAUGAGGAGAUGGCUGCUUCAGAACCUCAAGAAGACCCCGGUUCGCUUGGCCAUCGUGGAGUACCCCUGCACACCGUGGACCAUCCUGCAAAGGAACGUCAACUAUAAGGACAAGCCCGAGGAGUUGGAAGCUCGACAAGAACGUGACCGACCCUUCUUGAAGCUGACGGAGGACAUCUUCUCCGUCCAGGUACAGAAUGGAGGCCAUGCUCUACGCGAGAACCCCGCGACUGCAGAUUCACAACGGCAACCUGAGAUUCUUCGCCUUCGGGAGAAGUACUAUGAGACCAACAGUUGCCUCUGCAUGUUCGGGUUAGUUGGGAAGGCUGGCAGGCCUAUGAUGAAGCGGGUUCGCUUCAUCGCCACUCACUCCUACUUCAUUGAAGAGCUGGACGCACAGUGCGAUGGCUCGCACCAACAUGAACCCGUGCAAGGUUCCAAUACUGCAGCCUCAGCAUGCUACCCACCUUUUCUGGCAGACGCCAUUUGUCGCGCCUUCUGGAGAGUGGUUGAGCAGGAAGACUUUGGCACCCAGACCUUCAACGAGGAGGAGGACUAUAAGACGGCUUGGUUCGUGGACGCGGACAAGUCCGAGGACAAGUGGCGGCCUUUGUUUGAAGAGGCCAUGGAGGUCUUGGGUCGCAAGAACCAAGGCAGCAUUUUCGUGCCGCCGGAUUCACCUCUCUAUGCCAAGAUCUCGGCAUUGGUUCCUUGGCAAAUCAUGAACAUCCAGUUGGCACACCUGCCAAAAGCGAAGCGAGUUCGACCUGGACUAGAAGAAUGCCAUCGCUGCUCGGUGCUACUACAUGCAGAUGAUUCACUCACCAUCGAGACCGAGCACCUCAAGACGGCGCAGGCCCCAAGGGAACGAUUUGUCUACCCCGUGAGGCUCGGCAUCUUCGUCCUGGGCUAUCCUCCAGGAGACCCAGCAGAACCCGCUCCUCAACAAGAACCUCCAAGGCAAUCAGCGCAAGCCGACCCGACAGUGGACCUGGAAUCGCCAAUACUGACCAAGCAGUCCGUUGGCGGAGAUGAGCAAUGGUUCAUUGGUCCACCUCUCAACAACAAGCAGAAGAAGUUGGCCCCAAUACUGGCAAAGCUGCACAAGAACUUGGGCCACCCUUCACAAGCCGACCUGACGAGGGCCUUGAUCCAAGAUGGAACAGUUGAGCCCGAUGCGAUUGAACUUAGCCGCAGGUUGAGAUGCGCUACCUGCGAGAGAACCAAGAAGCCUGGAAUACCAAGGCCCACCUCGUUCAAGGUCAUUGGCUCCUUUAACAGUAAGCUCUGCCUGGACUUUGUCUACGCCCCGGAUGCCAACAAGGACAACUUCGCCUUUUUGCACAUCCUGGAGCCCAACGGUUCCUUCAACGUGUUUUGGCCAUGCCCCACACGAGAGCCUGGCCAGAUCUUCGACCUGGUGACCUUGUUGUGGUGCUCCUGGGCAGGCUUUCCCAAAGAGCUUUGGAUUGACCAGGACGGCGCUUUCCAAGGCGAGUUUGCAGAGCGCAUGAGGAACAUGGGAGUCAACAUAGACUGCCCCCCUGCUGAAGCACAUUGGCAAGUGGGACAGAUCGAGGCAUAUAACCGUGCCUUCCAACACGUAGCCUCCAAGCUCGUGGAUGCUUUGAACCUCGCUGGAGAGCGAGACAUGCGCACUCUAGCUUGCGCCGUUGGCGCAGCCAUGAACGACCGGAUACGGAGCGCGGGAUGCUCUGCCUACCAGUGGGUGUUCGGCAAGAGUCCUGUCCUGCCACAGGACAUUCUGUCGCCGGACGGCAAGUUUGAGGCGCUGCAGGCCAUGGAGCUGGACGAUGAGCUCAAGAAGCGCGCCCGCACACGGGCUUUGGCCGAUGAGAAGCUUUCUGCCUAUCGCCUCAAUGAAGCGGUGCGUACCGCCAUCCUUCGUAAGUCACACCCAGCGAAGGAGCUUUACCAUCCAGGUGAACUGGUCGCCUUUUGGAGAGAAGCCAAAUACAGGCAAGGCAAGAAAGGGCAGAAAGGGAAGCGCAUUCCAGCUUCCUGGUACAGAGGCACCAUCAUCGGGCCUCACAAGGGUGACUCUUCGGUCAAGCAAAGCAACUACUGGGUCGCUUCUGGAGGCCGCUGUGUUCUGGUCGCUCGAGAACAACUUCGACCCGCCUUUGGAACAGAACUUUGGCCCGUGCAUGAGCACAUCCUCCAGGAGUUCCAGGAGAACCCUCCGGACAAGUACUACGACCUGAGAAGUAGCGAUCUGCCACCGGUUCCGGAGGAUGAUGACCUCAAGGAUGGUGAAGACCAGAUCCCUCUUUUCCAAGAUGACGAUAGUGUCUUCAACGACCUCAUCGACGAGUUCCCUGAGGAGCAGGAGGCAGAGAUGGAGACUGAUGAAGCUGAUCAACAUCCACCACCUCCAGAACCAGAUGGAGCCGCUUCGACAGGUUCCGAUCUGACUACUCUGGCGGCCGGGACUUCAACAAGAGCACCAGGGACGCCAGUGACAGGCAUCAUCAGGCCUCCCUCGUCCCGAGAAGAAUCCCUAGCACCUCCAAAGAGAUUGAAGACCACACCAAGUGGUUCACAGGCAAGUAAUCCACCAGAAGAACCUAUGGUCUUAGAACCUGCAACACCACCUGGAGAGCACAACGUGGAGCUGGUGCACACCGAUGACAAGUGGAAAUGGCUUCCUGACCGUGCACUACUUCUCCGACAACACCUUCGACCACGUCGAGCCCUAUACGACCCUGGCCGUGUCCGAGCACUUCCACUUCCCUUGGACAAAUGGAGAACCAAGAGAGUGACAUGGAUGAAAACCGACACCGGCUGGACUAAGCACGUGGAUGAUUGGGUCCAACGUGGAGCCGAAGUCAUGGGCAAGGUCUGGACUGGCGUGACCAUCUUCUCCAUCAUCGACAAGAAGAGCCACGUCAUGAUGAUCCACAACGUGCUGGAGAUGCAGUCCGAGAUCAGCCGUAAAGAGCGCAAAGCACUUGAGAAGGAGCUUCCCUGGAGUGCAAUUCCUGAAGACCAACGGGAGCUCUACCGACAGGCGCUGGUCAAAGAAUGGACAACCUGGCUUCGCUACGAGGCCGUUCGUGUGUUGAGUUGGGACUGCAGCCGACAGGUGGAACUGUCCUUUGAUCCCGCUCGGAUCUUGGCGGCUCGGGCGUGCUACCGUGACAAGCACGCCGCAACGCCCUGGCGGCACCUGCGGGACUCCAUGGUGAAGUUGGGCUUCAUGCAGUCGACGCUCGACAAGGCCGUCUUCCUCUUCUACCAGGACAAGCGACUGGUUGUGGCAGUUGGCGCACACGUGGAUGACCUUCUAUGUGUGGGCGAGCCUGGAGUUGGAGACAAAGUCCUUGAACGUCUUCGAGCCCAGUUUGACUUUGGUGAAUGGAAGGACAUCAGAGAGGAGCCAACUUUGAUUUAUGGCGGCAAGGAGAUUUCCAAGAAGGGCGACAUCAUCACCCUGUCGCAAGAAGCUUUCAUCAGGGCUUUGACAUUGACACCCGUGCCGAAGUGGAGGACCAUCAUGAAGGACUCGGCACUCAACGCCCAAGAAACCACCGAGCUCAAGAGCGGUGGAGGCUGCUUGCAUUGGCUUGUCGGACAGACACGUCCCGACCUGGCCGCAGGAACAUCCUUGAACAUGGGUGGAAAUCCUACCAUCCAGAACCUCCUCGCCAUCAACAACCUCUUGAAGGAGGCAUUGAAAUCAAAGGAUUGGGCACUCCAAUUCCGGCCAUUGGACUUGACGAAAGCCCGCAUCAUCGGCUUUAGCGAUGCAUCAUGGGCGAACACGGACGACUUGAAGUCCCAGGCUGGCUAUUUGGUCUUCAUCACUGGCCCAGAGGUCUUCACCUUGGCCGGCGAUGUGGCGAACCUGGUGGAAUGGAGGUCACACAGGAUCCGUCGCAAGUGCAGAUCUACGCUUGCUGCGGAAACCAUGGGAUUGGACGCUGCCACAGAUGCAGUGUUGUUCACGAGGGAGCUGCUGGCCGAGAUGCUCAUCGAGAGCUACCAGCCGACGCAAUCGGGUAGAUUGGCGCCCGAGAUUUUUCCAGCAGCCACUGCCACAGACUGCCGCUCGCUCUACGACCUCCUGGUGAAGGACGGCCCCUUGGGAAGCGCUCAGGAGAAGCGCCUGACCUUGGACAUCGGCGCAUUGCGAGAAGCGGCUGAAGAGUUGGAGCCCUCCGGAGAGAACGUCAAGGACGUCUACAAGUGGGUCUCGACACACGUUCAACGUCCAAUGAAGUGUGCCCUGCUGGCCGUGGCAUGGCCGCUGCAUGUCUCGGCAGUGCUGCUGGCCAAGCGCCCGGGAGAGAUGCAAGAUCUGGAGGCGGUCCAGCCCUUCGGCAGCGAGGCCGAUGCCUUCCGGGCUCCCCACGUGGAGCUGAUCAACAAGACCAGCGUCAGUGUGGAGGCGCUGGAUGAGUGCAUGUGCGGCCUGGGAAGCUUUUGGCACAGCGAGCUGCAGAAAUGCCUCCCUCAGCAGUCCAAGGGUCUCAACUGCGGCGGCAUGGGCUCGCCCCGGCUCUGGCCCGCGGUGUGUCAGGAUGGGCUGAUUUGCAAGAUUCCCAUGGAGUUCGACAGUGAUGGGAAGUCAGAUGAUGCUUCCAUCUUGAAGCAGGCCAUGUGCAUGGACUGCGACCCCAACGACCAUUGUCAGUGGGGUAUGGAGCGACACGAGGCCUUUUGCCCCAAGGCCUUCGCGGUCAGUGGCCCGGCCUGCGCCACGGUGCGCGUCACGGUGCCCCAUGCCCAUGUGAGGAUGUCGGUGGAGAAGACAGUCACGGUGAAGGCGGUGAGCACGAAGAGUGCUCACGCCAGUGCCAAGGAGACCGCCACUGUCCGGCAAAGCAACAUCGAGGCGGAGGCCACGGAGUCCGCCACGGCCAAUGCUUCAGCGACUGCCAACAGCAGCGAUGUGGCGGGGUGGGAUCUGAAGUCGGGCCAAGAGCCCACGUCUUCCAAUGCCACUGGCAACGCCUCUGCCCAGUCUGAGCAGGCCGGCGAGUCUGCCGGUGACGCGUCUGCCGGUGACGCUGCUGCCGGUGACGCUGGUGAUGGUAGCAGGAGCGGGUGGGACCUGCGGAAGUCGGGAGAGGCAAAUGCAACUGCCAACUCCUCUGCCAAGUCGCAGGCGGCAGAGAACGCCUCCGAGGCAGUGACCACCACGACGGAGGCACCCAACCCCUAUUGGAGCAUCCUCCAGGAGCACCAGGAUGCCCGGCAGGCUGCCGAGAGAGGUGCGCCGGAGACCGAGACCGAGACCGGGGAGGUGCCAGCCACCGUGAAAGCGGACGCCACGGCGAAGGCCAACGCCACUCGCUCUGCCUCGGCGGGUGCCACCGUCACGGGCGAGGCCACGGCAGAGCUUACAGUGCCCUUCACGCAGAGUGCCAUCAGGAGCAGCACCAAGAGCGCCAUCGGCGAGGGCCUGGCGCAGGGCAGUGCUGUGGUGAGCGCCUGCAUGCCGCCGCUGCCGAUGACGCGCACGCCCGACCCGAAGGUGGCGGCACAGGCGGCCGCGCAGGCACUGGAGGCGGCCUUCCGCUACGCGGCCAACACCGCGCUGGGCCGCGCCUUGGCCAAUGCCCAGGAGACCGCCAAGAAGCAAGCGAUCGAGUCUGCAUCACAGAAGGCGACGCAGGCCGCCACCGAGGCCGCCACCGCGGCGGCCAAGGCGGCGGCCACCGCCGCGACGGCCGCCGGGGUGGAGAGCCACGCCGCCGAGGUCGUCACGGAGAAGGCCAAGGCGAAGGCUGUGGAGGUGGCCCGAGCGGCGGCGCGGGAGAUCGCGGAGGCCAUGGCGCAGCGGAAGGCCUCUGAGUUGGCCGAAGCGGCUGCGCAGGAGGAAGCCGAGCGCCUGGCCAAAGAGAAGGCGCGCGAGGUGGCACAGAAGAACGCCGCCAAAGCCGCCGAGGAAUCCGCCAAGGAAACCGCGACCUGGCGUGCUCGACGCCAAGCGAAGCGCCAAGUGGAAGACUGGCUCAAGUUGGCCCAAGAGGAGGCCGAAGUGAAGGACGCUGAGGAUGCCACGCUCAAGGCCAAGGAGGCCCAGGCGGCCGCCGAAUGGGCCGCCACCCAGCGUGUGCAGCGCGAGGCUGAGGAAGCAGCUGAGGAAGGUGCGGCGAUGAUGACGAAGAUGACCAUGCUUAGUGAGCUUGAGCCCAUGGCGCCCCGAUCCAUGCUGCGCAGGCAGGUCUGA